GAGGCAACAAAGUCCAGUGAGUGUGAGGGCUGAGCAGAGGACGCCGAAGGGGAGGCAGCAGCAGGGAGCUGCCGAGAGGAAGGACUGUCCAGCUUCCAGAUGCUAGGCUUCCUGGGAAGCACGACCCUCGUGGGCUUGAUCACAGGCAUUGCCGUGGCUCUUCUGCUGUUGGUGCUGCUGCUGGCCACCUGCCUGUACCAUGGACAGCGGGACCAUGACAUGGAGAGGAACCGCCCGGCCGCGAGGAGAAACCGAGUCCGGUGGGCCCAGCCUUGGCUCCUCCCGGGCCGGGGCCACCCGGGACAUGCUCACUGUUUCCGUCAUCCUGGCCACGUGUCUCACACGCACCACGUGGGCCUCCACCACCAUCGCCUCCACCGACACCUCUACCACCAAGCCCACCACCAAGCCCACCGAGGCCACCACUGA